AUGACCACUUGGUUGAAAAACCCUUUUGGCAAAACAGAACAUCGUAUAUCAGAAGCAGCUAAUGCAAUCGGUCAAGUUUUUGAGGAUGUAGAUGAUGAUCCAAUAUUUUCUGAUUCUGUCAUAGGACUAUUUAUGAGUUUCAGUGAAGCAGCUCAUGUUGAUGAAUAUAAAACAUUAUCCCAAGAUGUUGAUCAUAUAAUUCAAUGUACAAUAACAAGUUUAUCAUCUCCAAAAAAAUUUGAAUCACGUAUCGUUGCCUAUAUUUAUAUUCAACGACAAAUUGAAGAAUGUAUUAUAAUAUUAAAAGAAUUAAGACAAACUUCAUUCGAUUUUGAUAAAAAGGUAAAUGAAUUAGAAAAAACUAUAUUAAAAAUAAUUACAUAUAUAUUUACAAAGACAAAAGGCAAUAGGCCAAAUUUAUCAAUACAAAGUAGAGAUUUACUUGAAAAUAUAAAUAUUCCAGAAUAUUUAAAAUCAAUAAAAAAAAUAGAGAAAUCAGAUAUAUUGAAUACAUUUUUUGCUUUAUGUAAAUUAUCAUUUCAAUCAUUAAUGUAUACAAAUAAUCAUGGUCAAAUUACAUGGAAACAAAUAUUGUCAAAUUUAGAAACACUUACUAUAUCAUCAACAGAUUUUAUUAAUACAUACUUAGAUUAUAUAGAAGGUUUUAAACAAUUUCCAUUUGAUAUGUCAGCUUUUAUAUAUUUAUUAUCAAGACAACCGUUAACAACAUCAAGACACCAACAGUCAUCAAUUGGAACUAUAAUACAGCUUGCAGAUAAAUUAAAAUUUGAUAUCACAGAAUUUCUUAAACAGUUUUAUUUGAUUUUUGAACAUGGAAUUAAAAAUAAAAAUUAUAAUUUAAUACAAUGUGCACAAUUUUUGUGUUGUAUUAGUAUUAAUGACCAAUUAUUUGAAAUAUAUUCUUCAAUUUGUAUUUUAAACGUCGCUAAUGAUGAUUUAUGGCAAAUGAUUCGAUAUUUGAUUAAAUUAUAA